CAAAGGAUUCUUGUUCUGCAUCAUGAAUUUAUAAUUCCUCCCUCUUUACAGUUAAAAAAUUCAGCAGAAAUGCAACUCCGUCACCCCAGGAAUACUCUCUCCAUCCCCCUCAAUUCCUCCAAUACUAUCCCUCUUUAACACACUUCUCCUAAACAGGAGAAAACUGGAGAAAAAGAAUGGAGAAGGAGAUCCAACUCCUCUCUCGAGUGGCCUUAAACCACCUAUUCCUCUCCCAAUUUGAGCCCUUCCGCGCCUCCAUCCUGUCCCUCCGUUCCCGCAACCCCACCCUCUCUCUCUCCAUCCUUCGCUCGAUCGUCUUGCAAGCGGGCCGCUUCGAUCACAUCCUCUGGUCUCCUUCCUGCCCCUCCCCUUCCCAUCUCACCUACCUCUCCGCCCUAGAACUACUCCACACCUUCCAAGACCCGCACCUGCCGUCUCUGUCCAUCUGGAAUCUCGAUCCCGACCUCUUCCGCCUCAAGGUCGAAUUCCUCCUCCUUGUCCAGCUUGCCUCCUCCAAACUCUCUGAUCACCUCCGUAACUUUCUUGACCUAGAAAGCAUCGAGAAAGAAGAGAGUGGCCUCGGCGAAGUGGCAGACUUCGAGUCCCGGCUUGAGGAUUUGGCUCAGGGUGCAGGGCUGGAGGUGUCUUGGAGUGCUUUCGAUUCUGCGAUUGUUUUGGACCGGGUUUCGGAUCUAGGGUUCCGGCUAUUGAAGGGAUAUAUAGCUGAGGAUGCUGGGAGCUCCAGUGGUUCUGCUUUCGAGUUUACGGAUAGGGAAUUGAGGUGGCUGAGGAGGCUGUUUUUGGACCAGGCGGAGUUUUUUGAUGUGCUGUGUUUUAAUAUUCAGAAGCAGUUGAAUUGGACAGAUCCGUACGAUUCGGGUCUGGCAAUUAGCAUGCCGAUGGAUGGCGAGGUGGGUGUUGGGUCAUUGACAGAGGGUGAUGAUUUGAAAAGUCUUAGUUGGAUACAGCGGAAUGUUCAGAUGGCGCAUCUGGAUGCUUUGAAGAAGUGCUUGAAGCGAGGUGAUGAGGACGGUGCAGUUUCUCAUCUUCAGUUUCUUCAUAUUGAUUUUGGAGUAGAGGAAUCUGAGUACCGGAUGGCUAUGCAAGCUCUCAUCACGAGGACUUGGUCACAUAAAAAUGUUUUUGGAGACACCUGGGAUGUUGUUCGAGACAAAAUGUUGUCGAUGUAUCGAGAAGCUCUUUCAUCAAAUUGCACACAACUGGUGCAGAUGUUUCAGGUCAUUCAGGAUGAAUUGCUUACUGAAGAAAUUGAGCAACACAGAGCUUCUGAUACGAAUUUCAUUCUGACUCCACUUCAUCAUCUUCUUAAGUAUUUUGGAGCACCAGAUUUGGGACAGGCUGCAUAUGUAGACGAUAGAACUUCCCAGAGCAGGGUGAUCAAGUCUUGCAUGAGAGACAUGUACCACUAUGCUCGUGUUUCUGGAUUGCAUACCCUGGAAUGUGUUCUGGAUACAGCUCUCUCUGCUGUUAAGAGGGAGCAACUUCAAGAAGCUAGCACUGUUCUCUCACUAUUUCCCCUUCUUCAACCGUUAGUAGCUGUCAUGGGGUGGGAUCUAUUGUCUGGUAAAACAGAAGCACGGAAGAAGUUAAUGCGACUUCUGUGGACAAGUAAAUCACAGGUACUAAGGCUGGAAGAGUUUUCUCUGUAUGGGAAGCAAUCAGAUGAGGUAUCUUGUGUGGAGCAUCUUUGCGAUGUUUUAUGCUAUCAGCUAGAUCUUGCUUCUUUUGCGGCUUGCUUCAAUUCAGGUCGACCAUGGAAUUCAAAAAGUUCAUUGCUAUUUUCCAGAAAGGAACAUAAAGCAGAUGAAAAUGGGGAUGAGCAUGCAGACCCUUUUGUUGAAAACUUUGUGCUUGAAAGACUUGCUGUUCAGACUCCUCUGCUGGUCUUGUUUGAUGUAGUUCCAGGGAUAAAAUUUCAAGAUGCUAUCGAGCUGAUUAGCAUGCAGCCAAUUGCCUCUACUACAACAGCCUGGAAGAGGAUGCAGGACAUUGAGCUUAUGCACAUGCGAUAUGCUCUGGAAUCAGCUGUUCUUGCUUUAGGUGCCAUGGAGAGGAGUGUAACUGAUGAAAAUGAAAGCCAUUACCAUGCAGCAGUGUCGUAUUUGAAAGACCUGCAGAAUCAUGUUGAGGCUAUCAGUAAUAAGCCACGCAAGAUUUUGAUGGUGGGCAUUAUUAUUUCAUUAUUACAUAUGGAUGACAUCACUGUGAAUUUGACACAUUGCGAAUCAUCCAGCAGCUACUCUGAAUCGCCAUUUAUGCCUUCAGCUUGGGAAGAACCUGAUCUUAUUGGUUCAUGCGAAGGGGGAAAUAAAAUAGUAGUAUCUUUUACCAGGCUGCUACUUGAUAUACUGCGUCAUAAUUUACCAUCAGUAGGGCCUGAACUGGAGCAGAUGUUGAACAGUGGUAGAGUAACUACUGCAAAACAGGCCUUGGAGUGGAGAGUUUCAAAUGCUAAGCAUUUUAUUGAAGAUUGGGAAUGGCGCUUGUCUAUUUUGCAGCGUCUUUUACCAUUAUCCGAACGCAAUUGGAGUUGGAAGGAGGCAUUGGCCAUCCUGCGUGCAGCUCCUUCAAAAUUGUUAAACCUUUGCAUGCAAAAGGCGAAGUAUGAUAUUGGAGAAGAAGCUGUGCACCGGUUUUCUUUACCUCCGGAAGACAAAGCAGCUCUUGAACUUGCUGAAUGGGUAGAUGGUGCUUUUAAAAGAGCCUCAGUGGAAGAUGCAGUUUCUCGUGUUGCUGAGGGAAUUCCAAGCGCAGUCCAGGAAUUAGAUUUUUCAUCCCUCCGUUCUCAGUUAGGUCCUUUAGCUGCAAUUCUUCUUUGUAUUGAUGUUGCUGCUACUUCUGCUAAGAAUGUGGAUAUUUGCAAGCAGCUUCUAGAUCAGGCUAGGGGUAUGUUGUCUGAGAUCUAUCCAGGAGGUACUCCGAAGAUAGGUUCUACUUACUGGGAUCAAAUUCGAGAAGUGAGCAUAAUUUCUGUCACAAGGCGUGUCCUUCAGCGCCUGCAUGAUUAUCUGGAACAGGAAAAUCCUCGAACUCUUCAGGAAAUUUUAGCUGGAGAAAUGAUUAUGUCCCCUAGCACUGAGCCCAAUAGACAAGGACAAAGGCAACGUGCACUUGCCAUCCUUCACCAAAUGAUUGAAGAUGCUCACAAGGGAAAACGGCAGUUUUUGAGUGGGAAGCUUCAUAAUCUUGCAAGAGCUGUUGCUGAUGAAGAAAUAGAUGGUAAUUAUAUAAAAGGGGAGGGCUUAUAUUCUGACAAGAAAAUCCUAUUGAGUUCUGAGUGGGAAGGCGUUCUUGGGCUCGGACUCAAAGCUCUCAAGAUAGCAUCCUCUGGUUCAGCAAGUGGAGAAAAUAGUACAGAACUUGCUGGAUAUGAUAUGAAAGACUCUGGAAAACGGUUACUUGGUCCCAUAAGUUCCAAGCCUGCUACAUAUCUUUCAGCAUUUAUUCUCUACAUUGCAGCAAUAGGCGACAUAGUCGAUGGAAUCGAUACAACUCAUGAUUUAAACUUUUUCUCACUUGUAUAUGAAUGGCCUAAAGAUCUUUUAACUCGUCUGGUCUUCGAACGAGGCAGCACUGAUGCGGCGGGGAAGGUAGCGGAUAUUAUGUGUGCUGAUUUUGUUCACGAAGUGAUAUCAGCCUGUGUGCCACCAGUUUAUCCUCCGAGGACUGGUCAUGGUUGGGCCUGUAUCCCCGUAUUACCUACCUUUUCUAAAACAAACCUGGAGAACAGAAUUCCUUUCCAGUCUUCUAAAGAGGCUAAGCCUAGUUUAUUUGGCCUAUCGUCAGAGACACCCGGAACCCCUCUUUACCCUCUUCAGUUGAAUAUAGUGAAGCAUUUGGCUAAAUUGUCCCCUGUGAGAGCGGUGUUAGCAUGCGUUUUUGGGAGUAGAAUAUUAUCCCAUGGCAGUGAAUCGUCUCUGUCCCGAUCCUUGAAUGAUGCAUUACCACAAGCAGCUGAUACCGACAGGCUAUUCUAUGAGUUUGCACUUGAUCAAUCAGAGAGGUUUCCAACUUUGAACCGAUGGAUACAAAUGCAAUCCAACCUUCAUAGAGUGUCAGAGUCUGCUAUAACAGCUAAACAUCCAAAUGAGAUGGGUAUUCCUAAAACUGAAGCAAAAGUAGCUGUCAAGCGAUCUCAUGACCCUGACAGUGAUACUGAGUCAGAAUUUGAUGACAUGGUUACUAGCGGUCAUAUCUCUACAAUUUUGCCAGAAUUUAAUACCCAAGGCCACAUAGCUUCUGACCUUCGGCAAGAUUCUCCAAAGUCUGAAAAUGUUGAACAUGAUCCAACAGUUUUCCUCUCAUUUGAUUGGGAGAAUGAAGGGCCAUAUGAAAAAGCUGUAGAGAGAUUAAUCAAUGAAGGGAAAUUGAUGGAUGCUCUUGCCCUUUCGGACCGUUGUUUACGUGAUGGAGCUUCAGAUCGGUUACUUCAGUUAGUCAUUGAACGUGGAGAGGAGAAUCAUUUCAUCUCUGGACAACCUCAAGGUUAUGGAGCACAUAACAUUUGGAGCAACACUUGGCAGUAUUGUCUACGUCUGAAAGAUAAACAACUGGCCGCCAGAUUGGCCCUCAAGUAUCUGCAUAGAUGGGAGCUAGACGCUGCAACGGAUGUUUUGACCAUGUGCAGCUGCCACUUGCCUCAAAGUGACCCAGUUAAGAAUGAGGUUGUGCAGAUGAGACAAGCUUUGCAGAGAUACAAUCACAUUUUGUGUGCAGAUGACCGUUAUAGUAGCUGGCAAGAGGUCGAAGCUGAAUGCAAGGAAGACCCUGAAGGUCUGGCCCUUAGAUUAGCUGGGAAAGGGGCUGUUUCUGCUGCUUUAGAAGUAGCUGAAAGUGCAGCCUUAUCCAUAGAUUUGCGGAGAGAACUACAGGGGAGACAACUUGUAAAGCUGCUUACUACAGACCCUCUUAGCGGUGGAGGGCCAGCAGAAGCCUCACGUUUUCUUUCUUCAUUUCGUGACUCUGAUGAUGCUUUACCUGUGGCAAUGGGCGCAAUGCAGCUGUUACCAGACCUGCGAUCAAAGCAACUCCUUGUUCAUUUCUUCCUGAAGCGAAGAGCUGGAAAUCUAUCAGAUGUUGAGGUUUCUCGUCUUAACUCAUGGGCCUUAGGGCUUCGCGUUCUAGCAGCUUUGCCAUUACCGUGGCAGCAAAGAUGUUCUGCUCUGCAUGAACACCCUCAUUUGAUUCUCGAAGUCCUUUUGAUGAGGAAGCAACUACAGUCUGCUUCUUUGAUCUUGAAGGAGUUUCCUUCCUUGAGGGACAACAGUCUAAUUCUUACAUAUUCUGCCAAAGCAAUUGCUGUCAGUGUUAGUUCCCCUUCAAGAGAACCACGGAUAUCCAUUGCAGGGCCAAGACCAAGGCCGAAAACAAGAACAGGCAUGCCUUCAAGGUCAAACUUCACAAACAGCCUCAGUAACUUGCAGAAAGAAGCUCGUAGAGCUUUUUCUUGGACUCCUCGUGAUACUGGAAAUAAGAUAGCUCCAAAAGAAGUUUACCGGAAAAGAAAGAGCUCAGGAUUGACAGAGUCUGAAAGAGUUGCUUGGGAAGCAAUGGCUGGCAUCCAGGAGGAUCGUGUUUCAGUUUAUUCUGCAGAUGGGCAGGAGCGUCUUCCAUCUGUGUCCAUUGCUGAAGAAUGGGUACUUACUGGAGACCCAACGAAGGAUGAUCCAGUUCGCUCAUCACACCGAUACGAAAGUUCCCCUGAUAUAAUUCUUUUCAAGGCACUGCUUUCUUUGUGCUCUGAUGAGUCAAUAUCUGCCAAAGGUGCUCUGGACUUGUGCAUUUCUCAGAUGAAGAGUGUCUUGAGCUCUCAACAGUUGCCUUUGCAUGCAUCUAUGGAAACUCUCGGUCGCGCAUAUCAUGCAACGGAAACUUUUGUUCAGGCACUGGUUUAUGCCAAAGCACAGCUGAGAAAACUUUCUGGGAACAGUGACUUGUCAAGCAAUUCAGAGAGAAGUAGAGAUGCUGAUGAUGUGUCUUCUGAUGCUGGCGGCUCCAGCAUAGGUAGCCAAAAUGCAGAUGAACUGUCAGAACUUCUGUCACAAGCCGAAAUCUGGCUGGGACGUGCGGAGCUGCUUCAGAGUCUUCUCGGAUCAGGAAUUGUUGCCUCUCUUGAUGAUAUUGCUGACAAAGCGUCGUCUGCACGUCUCUGUGAUAGGUUAAUUGCUGAGGAACGAUACAGCAUGGCUGUAUAUACUUGCAAGAAAUGCAAGAUUGAUGCUUUUCCUGUAUGGAAUGCAUGGGGACAUGCUUUGAUUCGGAUGGAACACUAUGCCCAAGCUCGUGUAAAAUUCAAGCAAGCUCUUCAACUGCACAAGGGUGAUCCUACACCUGUCAUUCUUGAGAUCAUUAAUACAAAAGAAGGAGGCCCUCCAGUUGAUGUUUCUGCUGUUCGUUCCAUGUAUGAACAUUUGGCACGAAGUGCACCAACAAUCUUGGACGAUUCCCUUUCUGCUGAUUCGUACCUUAAUGUGUUGUAUAUGCCUACCACAUUUCCACGUUCAGAAAGGUCUAGACGGUCUCAAGAAGCUACAAACAGUCAUUCUUUAUUGUCCAGUUCAGAUUUUGAAGAUGGCCCACACAGCAACCUGGACAAUGUUAGAUAUGUUGAGUGUGUCAACUACUUACAAGAAUAUGCACGUCAGCAGAUGCUUGGUUUUAUGUUCAGGCAUGGACACUACACAGAUGCUUGCUUGCUAUUUUUUCCUCCAAAUGCAGUUCCUUCACCCCCUCAACCAUCAUCACUUGGGGCAGUCACUGCAUCUUCUUCUCCUCAGCGACCUGAUCCUUUGGCAACUGAUUAUGGGACUAUUGAUGAUUUAUGCGACUUAUGCAUUGGUUAUGGUGCCAUGCCUGUCCUGGAGAAUGUAAUUUCAAUGAGAAAUGCAUCUAGUGUACAGGAUGCAGCAGUGAGCCAGUAUACAGUUUCAGCACUUGCCCGUAUAUGUAACUAUUGUGAAACCCAUCGGCACUUCAAUUACCUUUACAAGUUUCAGGUAAUCAAGAAGGACCAUGUUGCUGCUGGACUUUGCUGCAUUCAAUUAUUUAUGAAUUCUUGUUCCCAAGAGGAAGCUAUAAAGCAUUUGGAACAUGCAAAGAUGCAUUUUGAAGAAGGACUAUCAGCACGGCACAGAGCAGGAGAAUCCACACGGCUUGUUUCCAAGGCUAUCCGUGGGAAGAGCGCCUCAGAAAAACUUUCUGAAGAGGGGCUAGUCAAGUUUUCUGCUCGUGUUGCAAUCCAGAUGGAGGUUGUUAGAUCUUUCCAUGAUACAGAUGGACCACAAUGGAAGCAUUCUCUUUUUGGAAAUCCAAAUGACCCAGAAACUUUCAGGAGGAGGUGUGAGAUUGCAGAGACUCUUGCUGAGAAAAACUUUGACUUGGCUUUCCAAGUGAUAUACGAGUUUAGUCUUCCCGCUGUUGAUAUUUAUGCGGGUGUAGCAGCAUCGCUUGCAGAGAGAAAAAGGGGUGGUCAAUUGACAGAGUUCUUGAGGAAUAUUAAAGGCACAAUUGAUGAUGAUGACUGGGACCAGGUCCUGGGUGCAGCCAUUAAUGUAUAUGCCAACAGACACAAAGAACGCCCUGACCGUCUCAUUGACAUGUUAACUAGCAGCCACAGGAAGGUGUUGGCUUGUGUGGUCUGUGGUCGUCUAAAAAGUGCCUUUCAAAUUGCAUCUAGAAGUGGAAGUGUAACUGAUGUUCAAUAUGUAGCCCAUCAGGCAUUACAUGCAAAUGCGCUUCCUGUGCUUGAUAUGUGUAAGCAGUGGUUGGCUCAAUACAUGUAAUUCUUUAAUAACCUUUGUUCUUGUACAAAUGCUAAAAGGAAAAUAAAAUAUACUUAGCUGUGAUCUAAAAGCCGGCUGUUGUACUGA